UGCAGAUUCUUUAGCGGUUGCACCCAGUGAAAAUAGCCAGCGUGUGAUUUUUUUUCCUUUUUUGCCGCACGGUGUCAAGUUACACUCUUGUACACGAAUUUGACGCGAUACAAAACUGACCGCGAUGGCUCUUAUUUGGUGACUAGUACUAUAAGAAGUGACACUUUGUCUCAUUUCGUUUCUAAACAACGCAGAUGAGUUGAUCGUUACGACUUUAUGGCCGGUUAGCGGUGCGGAUACGUGUCGGGACUUGCUGGUUUCAGCCAGCUAAAAAAAACCUUGCGGCUUAGUGACGAUAGAGAAAGAGUGAUACAUAUUGUACUUUAUUACUAAAAACACCAGCAUCCGCAAAUAUAAAGAACAAACAUGAUGUUUUGUCGUUUAGCAUGUAAACGAGGAGUCGGUGUGGAUGAAACGGGGGAUGUGGAAGAGAGCUGGGGUUAGAAUGUAGCCAGUUGUUUUGCUUGAGAUCACAAUAGUGCGGAUUGUGUGUCCGAUCACUACCGGUAAAAAAAAAAAAAAAAGAAGAGAAAUACAUAUUCUAAACACAAGUGACGCUUUUGUUAGUACCAAGAUGAUGUAUUCUUCCAGGAGAAAACCAGUGCUCUACUUUAAAGAGGACAGAAGAUUUCUAUGGAAAAAGUGCACGGUGCUGAAGCUGUUUGUUCUCUGCAUGGUGCUGGCCCUCGGUUCUCUUCUUUGGCUACAGCUGAGCUGUUCAGCGGAUCUCAACCAGGACAUGCUGGCUAAUCGUCCACCUUAUCAGCCAUGUCCUUUAGAGAGACAGACCUCACAUGUUGAUGACCCCUCAUGGGGGCCGCACAAAAUGGCUGUCAUCGUUCCCUUCAGGGAGCGUUUUGAGGAACUUCUCGUUUUUGUGCCGUACAUGCACGCGUUUCUUAACAAGAAGAAAAUACGACACAAGAUUAUUGUCGUUAAUCAGGUGGAUCAUUUUCGCUUCAACAGAGCCUCUCUCAUCAACGUUGGCUACAUGGAGAGUGGAAACGAUACAGACUAUAUAGCGAUGCAUGAUGUAGACUUGCUGCCUCAAAAUGAAGCUCUAGACUAUGGAUUCCCAGAGGAGGGGCCCUUCCAUGUAGCUUCACCAGAGCUUCAUCCGCUGUAUCACUAUAAAACAUAUGUAGGAGGGAUUCUGUUGCUUACCAAGAAACACUAUAAAAUGUGCAAUGGAAUGUCCAAUCGGUUCUGGGGUUGGGGAAGAGAAGACGAUGAGUUCUUCAGAAGACUUCGAACAGCUGAACUGCAGCUGUUCAGACCAAAAGGAAUAACUACAGGGUACAAAACGUUCAGGCACAUUCACGACCCGGCCUGGAGGAAGAGAGACCAAAAGAGGAUAGCGGCACAAAAACAGGAACAAUUUAAAAUCGACCCAGAGGGUGGUCUGACCAACCUGCGCUACAAGGUGGAGUCUCAACAGGAGCUGAUGAUCAGUGGCGCCCCCUGCACCAUCAUCACCACCAUGCUGGAGUGUGACAUCAGCCAAACGCCCUGGUGCCAGUUCAGCUAACACUCCAGGCCUGCCGAUGCUCCGUGCCAUUAUUAUGACAUUUCUCCAUCGAUAUGGUCACUGGUGUGGACAGUUUUGCAUAAAUGAACUGGUUCUUAAACCAGAAGCACCAAAAACGAGAUAUAAAUCGACACUGAGGGAUUUAUUGCUACUGGACAGUAUUAUGAUAAUCUUUUAUGAAGCUGCCUCUGUUUUACUUGGACAGAACUGAACUGUCUCACAUUUCAGGUACUGAGGACAUGUCAGCAAUGUUACUACUAUAAUGAGCUUUUUAUUUUUAAACUGUUGAACAUUUUUUGACAGUUUUAUGGUGCAGUAAUUAACAUUUUAUUUGUGAAUGUUCAGAACGACUGACUGGAUCUUGAAAUACUUUGAAUGGGUUAAGGGUACAUUGAGGACAUUUGCGCACUAUUCAUAUUUAUAUUAAAUGUCCAGUCUACUUAUUUUUUUAUACCAGGUUUAAUCCCAUGUCUAGAAGUUAGAUGGUUUGGGAUAGAUUAAGUCAUGAAUGACACUGCAGGUCUAAACUAGUGAAAGGUACAAUAUUAGGAGACAGGAGCAUGCAUGCAUUCUCUUUACCAAAGACGUCUAAAAGUCUAGUCAACCUCUUAAGUAAAGAUAAAGAUGCCACAUGCUUGAUGUAAAUGGGACAGAGAGGGGGUCAGAUAUCAUUUUUGAACUUUAAAAAAGUGUUGUAUGACUGCAUUUUGACAAGAGCGAGCAUGAAUCACUUACAAACAUGCAUUAAAUGGGAUUAUUACAA